AUGCAGAUGUUCCACCAGCACCGGGACCACCACUUCCGGCACCUUCACCUGGCCCACCCCCAGCUGUCAUGGCUGGCCCGAGAGCGCCGGAAUGCGGCCGGCACGAUAGGCCUGAUUGUCAUUUGGAUGGGCCAUGCACAGGGUGUGCCACCAGCACCAGGGCCACCACUUCUAGCACCUCCAGCUGUCAUGGCAGGCCCGAAAGCGCCGGGUGUGCCGCCAGCACCAGGGCCACCAAUUCUAGCACCUCCACCUGUCAUAGGGGGCCAAAAAGCGGCGAGUGUGCCGCCAGCACCGGGACCAGCACUUCCAGCACUUUCACCCGGCUCACCUCCAGCUAUUAUGGCAGGCCCGAGAGCGCAGGGUGUGCCACCAGCACCAGGGCCAGCACUUCUAGCACCCCCAGCUGUCAAGGCAAGCCCAAAAGUGCCGGGUGUGCCACCAGCAGCCGGGCCACCACUUCCAGCGCCUCCACCUGGUCCACCUCUAGCUGUCAUGGCAGGCCCAAGAGCACCGGGUGUGCCGCCAGCAUGGGGACCACCACUUCUAACACCUCCACCUGGCCUCCCUCUAGCUGUCAUGGCAGGCUCUAGAGCGCCGGGUGAGUCUCUCAGCCCGCCCGAUGUCUACUUGCUCUCUUAA